UUUUUUUUUUUUUUUUUUUUUUUAAUCCCCGCACCGAGAGCUUAACCUCAUUGGGGUGGAGGAGAAGGCGGCGGCUCUCCGGUCCGCAGCGGCAACAGUAGCGAAUAAUACGACUAAUGGACUGCUGAAUUAUGAAGAAUUUCAGACCCAAUAGCAGAACCUCACUCGGCCACUCACUCCUUUAUCUCCUACUAGUUAUUUAAAUUGGACUUUUAAUAUCCUACCAGCUGCUCUUCAGACACACAUGGUGCAUUGUUGCCAUUCCCCGGAUUGCAUCUUUGAAACACAGGCUCUUAGUAACUUUCAGCGAACAAAGAGGCAACCUCCCGGGUAUAUUUCCUGGGAGGGUGUCACCCUGACUGCCCUCUAGCUUCUGCUGGAUCUGGAUUUGAAUUCCACCAUGGAGCCUCGCAUGGAGUCCUGCCUGGCACAGGUGUUGCAGAAGGAUGUGGGGAAACGACUACAGGUUGGCCAAGAACUUAUAGACUAUUUCUCAGACAAACAGAAGUCUGCUGACCUUGAACAUGACCAGACCAUGUUAGAUAAACUUGUGGAUGGGCUUGCUACCUCUUGGGUGAACUCUAGCAAUUACAAGGUGGUUCUUCUCGGCAUGGACAUCCUGUCCGCACUGGUCACCCGGCUGCAGGACCGGUUCAAGGCACAGAUUGGCACAGUGCUGCCAAGUUUAAUAGACAGACUGGGAGACGCUAAAGACUCUGUGCGAGAGCAAGACCAGACUUUGCUGCUGAAGAUCAUGGAUCAAGCUGCUAAUCCCCAGUAUGUGUGGGACCGAAUGCUGGGAGGCUUCAAGCACAAGAAUUUCCGGACUCGGGAAGGCACGUGCCUCUGCCUUGUUGCUACACUCAAUGCCUCUGGAGCACAUACUUUAACACUAAGCAAGAUUGUGCCACAUAUAUGUAAUUUACUUGGAGAUCCAAACAGCCAGGUUCGAGACGCAGCAAUAAACAGCUUAGUGGAGAUUUACAGACACGUGGGAGAACGUGUGAGGGCAGACCUCAGUAAGAAAGGAUUGCCGCAGUCCCGGUUGAAUGUAAUUUUUACAAAAUUUGAUGAAGUCCAAAAAUCUGGAAACAUGAUACAGUCAGCAAACGAUAAAAAUUUUGAUGAUGAAGAUUCUGUGGAUGGUAAUAGACCUUCCUCUGCUAGUUCUACAUCAUCCAAAGCUCCGCCCAGCUCACGGAGAAAUGUUGGAAUGGGGACCACCCGCCGGCUUGGGUCAUCCACUCUGGGAUCCAAGUCUUCAGCUGCAAAAGAAGGAGCUGGUGCUGUCGAUGAAGAGGACUUUAUUAAAGCAUUUGAUGAUGUACCUGUCGUGCAGAUUUAUUCCAGCCGAGACCUUGAGGAAUCCAUAAACAAGAUUAGGGAAAUAUUAUCUGAUGACAAGCAUGAUUGGGAGCAAAGAGUAAAUGCUCUAAAAAAGAUAAGAUCUUUACUUUUGGCUGGUGCUGCUGAGUAUGAUAACUUCUUUCAACAUUUGCGUCUUUUGGAUGGAGCCUUUAAACUCUCUGCUAAGGACCUGCGGUCUCAGGUAGUGCGGGAGGCUUGUAUCACCUUGGGGCAUCUGUCAUCAGUUCUGGGAAAUAAGUUUGACCAUGGAGCUGAAGCCAUUAUGCCAACUAUUUUUAAUUUAAUUCCAAAUAGUGCCAAAAUUAUGGCCACUUCUGGUGUUGUAGCUGUUAGGUUAAUCAUUCGGCACACACACAUCCCUAGGCUAAUACCUGUCAUAACAAGCAACUGUACCUCUAAGUCUGUCGCAGUUAGAAGGCGCUGUUUUGAAUUUUUAGAUUUACUUUUACAAGAGUGGCAGACACAUUCACUGGAACGACAUAUAUCAGUAUUAGCCGAAACAAUAAAGAAGGGAAUACAUGAUGCGGAUUCUGAAGCAAGGAUAGAAGCCAGAAAGUGCUAUUGGGGUUUUCACAGUCACUUCAGCAGAGAAGCAGAGCACCUGUACCACACCCUCGAGUCCUCCUACCAGAAAGCCCUGCAGUCCCACCUGAAGAACUCCGACAGCAUCGUGUCUCUGCCGCAGUCCGAUCGCUCAUCCUCCAGCUCUCAGGAGAGUCUGAACCGACCGCUCUCUGCCAAAAGAAGUCCUACUGGAAGCACCACCUCUAGAGCUUCUACAGUUAGUACCAAAUCCGUGUCAACGACUGGGUCCCUCCAGCGGUCUCGAAGCGAUAUUGAUGUGAACGCAGCAGCCAGUGCCAAGUCCAAGGUGUCCUCGGCCUCGGGCGCUACGCCUUUCAGCUCUGCAGCGGCCUUACCUCCCGGGUCAUACGCAUCCUUAGAGUCCAGACACGUGAGGGAAGAUACGGAGUCCGUAGGCCUUGACGCAGGUCGGAUCCGCACGAGACGGCAGAGCUCCGGGAGCGCCACCAAUGUCGCCACCACACCUGACAAUCGAGGCCGCAGUCGCGCCAAAGUGGUUUCACAGUCCCAGCGAUCCAGAUCUGCUAAUCCUGCUGGUGCUGGCAGCCGGUCAAGUUCCCCAGGGAAAUUGUUGGGAAGUGGUUAUGGUGGCCUUGCUGGGGGUUCCUCAAGAGGCCCACCUGUGACCCCCUCUUCAGAAAAACGAAGCAAGAUUCCCAGGAGUCAGGGAUGUAGCCGAGAAACAAGUCCAAACCGAAUAGGAUUAGCACGGAGCAGCCGUAUCCCUCGACCCAGCAUGAGUCAGGGGUGCAGCCGUAAUACCAGCUGUGAGAGCAGCCGCGAUACGAGCCCCGCUCGGGGCUUUCCUCCACUCGACCGGUUUGGGCUUGGCCAGGCAGGAAGAGGACCUGGCUCUGUGAAUGCCAUGCGAGUUCUGAGCACGAGUACAGACCUUGAGGCUGCUGUUGCUGAUGCUUUGCUGUUAGGAGACUCCAGGAGCAAGAAGAAGCCUGUGAGGAGGAGGUACGAGCCAUAUGGGAUGUACUCUGAUGACGACGCCAAUAGCGACGCCUCAAGUGUUUGCUCUGAGCGCUCGUACGGCUCCAGGAACGGUGGCAUUCCCCAUUAUCUGCGGCAGACGGAGGACGUGGCGGAAGUUCUCAACCACUGUGCCAGUUCCAACUGGUCAGAAAGGAAAGAAGGGCUCCUAGGCCUGCAGAACUUACUGAAGAGCCAAAGAACACUGAGUCGAGUAGAAUUGAAAAGACUGUGUGAGAUCUUCACCCGAAUGUUUGCUGACCCUCACAGCAAGAUUGCUGAUUCAGAACCAGAAUGUGAGGAUAAAGAAGGAAAUUUGUUUCCAUCAGAAGGCUCUUGUACAAGAGUUUUCAGUAUGUUUUUGGAGACUCUUGUGGAUUUUAUAAUAAUUCAUAAGGAUGACUUGCAAGACUGGCUUUUUGUUCUUCUCACACAAUUACUUAAGAAAAUGGGAGCAGACUUACUUGGAUCUGUGCAGGCAAAAGUUCAGAAGGCUCUAGAUGUCACCAGGGACUCCUUUCCAUUUGAUCAACAGUUUAACAUUUUGAUGAGAUUUAUUGUGGAUCAAACUCAAACUCCUAACCUCAAGGUCAAAGUUGCAAUCCUGAAGUACAUUGAGUCCCUCGCUCGGCAGAUGGAUCCAACAGAUUUUGUAAACUCUAGUGAGACGAGGCUGGCUGUUUCUAGAAUUAUAACCUGGACGACAGAACCAAAGAGUUCAGACGUGAGAAAGUCCCCGCUCCAGCGUAGUCGCGUAGGUGAGGAUUUCCCCACUAGGUCAGCUGCUGCCUGCUCUGGGCCUGGAGAAGGAAACUUGGAAGAAAAUUGUAAACAGGCAGCACAAAUUGUGUUGAUCUCUCUGUUUGAAUUGAACACUCCUGAAUUUACCAUGUUACUUGGUGCCUUGCCAAAAACAUUCCAGGAUGGUGCCACCAAACUCCUGCAUAACCACCUCAAGAACGCUAGUAACACCAGUGUGGGCUCUCCGAGCAAUACAAUUGGCCGAACUCCCUCCCGACACACCAGCAGCAGGACCAGCCCCCUGACCUCACCCACCAACUGUUCCCAUGGGGGCCUAUCUCCCAGUCGGUUGUGGGGUUGGAGUGCCGAUGGCCUAUCGAAGCACCCACCUCCCUUUUCUCAGCCCAACUCCAUUCCCACCGCUCCCUCCCACAAGACUCUCAGGCGCUCUUACUCUCCCAGCAUGCUGGAGUAUGAUACAGAGAACCUGAACUCUGAAGAAAUUUAUAGUUCUCUGCGUGGAGUUACGGAAGCCAUUGAAAAGUUUAGUUUUCGAAGCCAAGAGGAUCUGAAUGAGCCAAUUAAACGGGAUGGCAAGAAGGACUGUGAUAUUGUGUCCCGUGAUGGUGGAGUUGCCUCGCCUGCCACUGAAGGCCGGGGCGGCAGCGAUGUGGUGGAGGGAGGCAGAACAGCUCUGGAUAACAAGACAUCCCUCCUCAACACCCAGCCUCCCCGCGCCUUCCCAGGGCCCCGGGUGCGAGACUACAAUCCAUACCCGUACUCCGACACCAUCAACACCUAUGACAAGACAGCCCUGAAGGAGGCCGUGUUUGAUGAUGACAUGGAGCAGCUUCGAGAUGUGCCCAUUGACCAUUCGGACUUGGUGGCUGACCUUCUGAAAGAGCUGUCCAACCACAACGAGCGAGUGGAGGAGCGGAAAGGUGCCCUGCUGGAGCUGCUCAAGAUCACGCGCGAGGACAGCCUGGGCGUGUGGGAGGAGCAUUUCAAGACCAUCCUGCUCCUGCUGCUGGAGACGCUCGGGGACAAAGACCAUUCCAUCCGAGCACUAGCACUGAGGGUUUUACGAGAAAUUCUGAGGAACCAGCCAGCAAGAUUUAAAAACUACGCCGAGCUGACCAUUAUGAAGACUCUGGAAGCCCAUAAAGAUUCCCAUAAGGAGGUAGUGAGAGCGGCUGAGGAGGCGGCGUCCACGCUGGCCAGCUCCAUCCACCCAGAGCAGUGCAUCAAAGUUCUCUGUCCCAUCAUCCAAACAGCCGACUACCCUAUCAACCUCGCCGCCAUCAAGAUGCAGACCAAAGUCGUCGAGAGGAUCGCCAAGGAGUCCUUGCUGCAGCUCCUCGCUGACAUCAUCCCAGGCUUGCUACAGGGCUAUGACAACACCGAAAGCAGUGUACGUAAGGCCAGCGUGUUUUGCUUAGUGGCAAUUUAUUCCGUAAUUGGAGAAGAGCUGAAACCUCACCUCGCGCAGCUCACGGGGAGCAAGAUGAAGCUACUAAACUUAUAUAUAAAGAGGGCCCAAACCACGAACAGCAACAGCAGCUCCUCCUCCGACGUAUCCACACACAGCUAAUGCAGCACCACAGUCUCUUCGUGUAGCCCUAGAAGCAAUCGGUGGCACCUCUCAGAGACCCUCCCCGACCCUCCCCCUCGUCGGCUGCCCAGUCAGUACAAGGAGGCCCGCAAAUAUUUAUUACAAUCAGUAUUUUGGUCCCUUUCAGCUUUUGUGUAGAAUCUUACUGGUAUUGAAUGUAAAGGAAGCAAGGCCUGUAUUACAAUCUUCAUACAAAGCAAAUGGAAUAAGAAAAGAGCCAUACGUGAACACGUCUUGUACAGUUGGCUGAGAUCACAAAACCAUGUGUGUGGGGCGCAGUUUCAAAAAAAAUCAGAGCUCUCUAGCCAAUACUUGGUAGAAAGUAGCAUUUUCUCUUAGUUAAUAACAUUGGAGGAGGGUAUGUUAAUUUGUGCUUCUCUCUCAUCCUCGCUUACUUCCUUCUGGAUACGGCCUGUGACGCCAGGACAGGGUCAUACGUCUUUGAGUUGUACUGUGAGACCUACUAAGAAUGUGAGUCCAGUCUUGGCAAGAAAGAGAGAAAAGCCUGAAGAGAGUCUUGUAACAACCACGUGGGAUUUUGCUUGUACACGAUCUAGACUGGAGGCCCAGGGCCCCCUCCGCAGGCUCCUUCCAGGACAGGCUCCCCGCCCCUCCGAACACUCCACUCUCACUAUCCCCACCCGGAGCUUCCAGUUGAAAUCUUCUGUUUCAAUCCAAACUCAAAAAUCAGAGUAAAUCUGUAGCAGCCAUCAUGGGUGCCUAACGUGGCAUUUCAUGAAGCGUGGAAGGUACAAGAGAAGAUGUGUGUGUGUAUGUGUGUGUGUGUGUGUGUGUGUGUGUGUGUGUGUGUGUGUGUGUGUGUGUUCCGCUCCUCAGCUCUUGGGGAGACACCAUGUUAACAGUCUCCGCCUUGACCCUGGUGCUUGGUGGUUUGGAUCUUCGGAUUUAGCGCCAUCUCAGUUCCUCCCCGGCAGCCUCUGCCGAGGCUGCUCAGUUCUGAAGCGUUCUCCGUCCUUCUGGUAAAGAGCGACUCUGUCAUCCCAGUUUUGCCUUCUCAGUUUAAUUUAGGAGUAAGAGCAAAGAAAAGUCCAGAGAAGCCAAGUAUCAGAAUCUUUUUUUUUUUUUUAAUUUUAUGAAUAUAAGUACUUCCUUGCUCAUCUGUUGAAAUAAUCCUUGUUUAAGGAUAAAGUAAUUUAGCGGCUGGCAAAUUGCAGAAAAACAGACUUUAAAACCCAGUUUUAAAGUCUGUUUCCUUUUCUCCAGUGAGAAGUUAUCAGAGAAACUACCCUUCUGAAAAUAUUCUCUUAAGGGUGUGAUUGCUCCAGUAAAAGGAGCUCUAGACUUGGAAUCUGGUUAAAUCCAUUUUCAGUAAAAUUCUCAAAGCCAAAUGGAAAUCCUUGAUGCCAUUACAAAGACUUCUAUCCUCUGUCCAAAUGGAACUGGUUUUUCCCUCCAAAAAAUGCCUACUCUGGUAUUUUUUUUCAUGAGGCGUUCACUGUUCCGAUGCUGAAUCCCCUGCAGCCAGCACCACUGAGAACAGAGACCAUGUGGGGUCACCACGGACAUCCCUAGACGCUCCCCUGCUCUGGUCCUGUGGCCUUGUGUUGGAAGUUGUGACACUGUAGCACACAUAAACUCAGUUUCAUUCAGAAUUUUUGAUAAUUUGGAGCUAGGCACUGAAAAGGAAGGUCCAGGAACAGUGAAGCCAGGGUGCCUUCACAGAGAGAAAGCGUGUGUGUGUGUGUGUGUGUGUGUGUGUGUGUGUGUGUGUGUAGGGGUCUCUCGCACAUGGAGGGAAGUACCCCACCGCUGCUGUUGAAGGAACUUCAGGGGUGCAUUUUAAGUGAUUGAAUAUUGACUUAUUUUUGGCUCAGAACAUAGCAGGACCAGGCCUUACUUUCAUUGAUAAAUACCGCUUGUUAAUAUUUCACUAAUGGGAUUUCCUUUUUACAAUCGACAAGUGAGUCAGGGCACCUUUUGAUCACUCCUCUAUCUUAGAAACAUGCGUUCCGGCGAGGUUAUUUAUGAGUUCUUUCACACCUGAUGGGUUUGGAAAGGCCUUCCUCCUUGAAAUCUCUGACUCCCCAGUCUCCCAGGCCCCGCCGCCUGCAGUUGGGAAGAACCUUGAACAUUGCCGAAUGUCCUCCUAGUACAAAGGGCUAGCCUUGAAUGUCACUUGCCCGAUUCAGUCUCCCCACCUAGAGAUGCAAUCAUGGACAGGUCUCUUGGCCUCAGUCAAAGCUGCUGGCGUGGCCGGGGAGACUCGCAUGCCGCUGCCACCACCUCACAGGGAGGGAGCCGCACCAACUCCGCCCUCCGAAGCCCGGACAGCAGCCGCUGCCUCACCCUCCCUCCCUGCAGGCCUCCUUUUGGGCUGAAACACCACACAGAGCAAAGCACCCAAAACUGCAAAACUGUGUUUGCUGCCCCUGUUUACUGGACCGUCCAGGACCCCGAAGAGCCCACCCGAGCCUCUCUCCCGCUGGGGCCGGCUUCCCUCCUGGCUCCCGCUUCUUCCCAUGGUGCGGCCCGCAGGCUGAGGCUGCGGUGGGCACCAGCUUCCUCCGAGUACACUGUGUGUGCUUCGCUGGACCGGCGCGGACGGCCCGGGACUGCCUGUCUGUGGCCCCCCCACCGGCUUCUCCCCUGUGCAGGUGAUGCAACCGAUUCUGGUCUCAUCAGUCUUUUUCUUUCCCUGCCGCCCUUUAUUUAUCAAGCAUAAUACUACACGUUAACAGCAAAUAAGAACUUUGUAGAAUCCCACCAGGACUUUGCUAACAAUGAUGUUUGGAAAUGAAAACAACGCUCGGAAAACUCUCAGCCACCAUAAUCAUUUUGUCGGCGCUGUGUUCACACGCAUGGUCCCCACACCCCCAGGUUGGGUUUUUUGGGUUUUGUUUUUGUUUUUUGGGGGCUUUUCAUGUUACAUCCAUAUCUGUAUUUAUAUCUUAUUUGUUUCACUUUCAAGUGUAUCAUGGCAAAUGUACAGAUUUUUUUGUUAAUAAUGUGCUAGGAUUUGCUAAAAAAGAAAACAAAACAAAAAAAAACCCUUUUGAGUUUGCCCUAGAAUAAAUGAAACUUAAUUCA